CGACCUGAUUAAAACUUGGUCUUACCAAUUCGCAUGGUUUAAGCUGAGCUUGGUGCAUAGACCAUAGUGUUGAUGUUACCUUUGCAAGUCUCAUGUACCACACAAGAUUCUCUUUUUCUCUAACGUUCCACUAAAUCCAAUCCUAUCAAUCUUCUCUGUCGUCCUCGGUCAAGUUUGCCGGUGAUCACCUCUUCAUCUUCAUAUACUCGUAUAAAUAAGACUUGAUAGUACGGAAUUUAUUCUCAAAAUGUUGACAAUAAUCCCAGAAUUUAUGAAAAAAGCGGUUAAAACUCAAUUCGUGGAUAUGGACAAUGAUUUACUAUGAGCAUGAUGAACUAAAAAGACAUAUAUGCACAUACAAAAACAUACAUUGCGACCAAAAAACAUGCGAUAUAUUAUUUCACUUUUUUGUUAUAAAAACUAAUAUUACUAGUCCGUAUUUCAUUUUUUUUAAGAAAUAAAUAAAAAUAAGAAGGCUGAAAAUCCAACCUAUUAGUUAAUCUAUGCACUAGAUGCAUACGUUAGAAACACCAAUAAUCGAUACAUUCAUAUUCUUUUCAUGUAAGGUAAUGUUCUUUUAGCUAUUUGCCUGUGUUCUUAAGGUGCAUCAUUGUCCACCUUCUAAAUUGCGGAUAAAAUUUAAAAGAAUAUCUUUUUAAAAUUACAAGUAUAUCUCCUUCUAAUCCUUAAAUAAAUAAAAGGAAAUUCCUUCAAAAAAAUAAAAAAAAUGGCUGUCAUUCAUUUCAUAACUGCUAGAUUCAUUAUAAUCUCUCUUUUCCCCACUUGGGGAUUUGGCAACUAAUUUUCAUUUUUUCUGAAUCUAAUUAGAUCCUGCUUACAUUAUUUUUAAUCUUUUAUUUCUUCAACGAGUACAUUAUCUGAAGUUAUCAAGACCAAUUGCUAAUUAAGCAGCAGACUUCAUGGCGAAUCUCAGCCUUGAAAGAUCUACAACGGUGUAUUGGUUCUCUUCGUGUAAUGAUGUGGUCUCUCGAUCUUACAAUUAUCUGAAAGAAUGAGUUAGAAAAUGGAGCAGUUUAGACAAAUAGGAGAAGUACUAGGAAGCAUGAAAGCCUUAAUGAUAUUGGAAGACAAUAUUCAGAUGAACAAAAGACAGUGCAGUUUGUUGUUUGACAUGUUUAAUUUAGCCUUUGAGACAUUAUCAGAAGAGAUUAAGAUGAACCUGAAAUUAGAAGAGAAGAAUACAAAAUGGAAAGCAUUAGAACAGCCAUUAAAAGAGCUUCAUAGAGUAUUUAAAGAAGCAGAGUUUUAUAUAAAACAAUGCAUGGAUUGUUCCAAGGAUUGGUUGGUGAAAGCCAUAUACUUUCACAACAAUCAAGAUGGUGUUGAAACUCAUAUGCAUAACUUGCUUUGCUACUUUGCAAUCGUUAUUGAAGCGAUUGAAACAGCCGGGGAAAUAUCAGGUCUUGACUUAGAAGAGAUGAAGAAGAAGCGGAUCAUGUUGUCUAACAAGUAUGACAUGACAUGGAAUGAUCCUAAACUCUUUAUGUGGAAAUUUGGGAAGCAAUAUCUGAUUUCACAGGAUAUUUUGCAUAGGAUGUGUAAGGUUUGGAAAGAGGAUCAAUGGCUUUUGCUGGAAAUGAUUAAGGAGAAGAAGUUGAGUAAACAAGAAAAACGGCUUAGUGACUUACUCAUGAAGAAAAUGAAUGGGGAAGAAUCACUCUUCCAUAGUUCUGUUUUAACUGGAGCAAAGGAUUAUCAGGUGAGGAGGCGUUUAGGAGGGGGAAUGCAGUAUAAAGAGGUACAAUGGUUAGGGGAGAGUUUUAUUUUGAGACACUUUUUUGGUGAGCCUGCUUUAUUGAAUUCUGAGAUUACUUCAUUGCUCUCUCUUUCACACCCAAAUGUCGCGCAGUAUCUGUGUGGAUUUCACGAUGAGGAAAAAAGAGAGUAUUUCCUUUUGAUGGAGCUGAUGAGUAAAGAUCUAAACAGCUAUAUAAAAGAGGUUUGUAGUUCAAAAAGGCGGAUUCCCUUCUCUUUCCCAGCUGCUGUUGAUAUCAUGCUUCAAAUCGCGAGAGGGAUGGAGUAUCUACACUCUAAGAAGAUUUAUCAUGGAGAUUUGAACCCUUCAAAUGUUGUUAUCAAACCUAGAAAUUAUUCAUCAUCUUCAGAAGGGAACAACAACUUUCUUGCGAAAAUCUCUGGUUUUGGUUUGAAGGAUGUUAAAACUGUGCCUUCUAGAGGCUCCCCAUCACCAAACCAGAAUGAAAUAUUCUCUUUUAUUUGGCAUGCACCUGAGGUGUUGACUGAACAAGAAAGACCAGGAAAUAGUGAAAAACACAAGUACUCUGAGAAAGCUGAUGUUUAUAGUUUUGGGAUGCUUUGUUUUGAGCUUUUGACAGGGAAAGUUCCUUUCGAAGAUGGGCACCUUCAAGGUGAUAAGAUGAGUAGAAAUAUAAAGGCAGGGGAGAGGCCUUUGUUCCCUUUUGCUUUACCAAAGUAUCUUGGAAACUUGACUAAAAGGUGUUGGCAAACAAAUCCAACUCAAAGACCGGCUUUCUCAUCAAUAUGUAGGAUACUACGCUAUAUCAAGAGGAUGAUUGUGAUGAACCCUCAUCUUGCACAACCUGAAAUCCCAUCAAUAGUUCAAGUAGAUUUUUGUGAUAUAGAAGCAGGGUUUAUGAAGAAGUUCCCAUUAGAGGCUAGUGUAACAUUAACUCCUGUUUCACAGAUUCCAUUUCAGUUGUUUUCUUACAGAUUAGCAGAGAAAGAGAAGCUUAAUGGAAUAAGUAAAGACAAGAGUUGGGAUUCACAUAGUGAGGUGGUUAUUUCGGCUCAUAUGUUGGAUGAUAUGGCUAAUAUAUUAGAGACCUCGUCUUCACCAGCUGACGACACACAGUCAUUGUGUUUAGAGAUUCCUGAGAAGAGACUGUCAAUUCUGAGGAGGGUUAAUGGUAUAAACACAGACGAGCAAUUCUUGCAAACACAUGAUACAACAAGGACUGUGAGUGUGGAAAUCCCUGAAAAAAAAGUUCCAUUGUUUAGGAAAUCAAACAGUUUAGCAGCUGGUCACUCGUCUUUCCUAGUGAACCGUGCAAGAUCAGUCUGCUCAGAAGUUCCUGAGAAGAAACGACCUUCUCCUUUGAAGAAAAGCAAUACAUCAUCAUCCCCUUGUUCUGAAACUCCUGCUGAAACAAGAACAGCUUGUAGUGAGACUUCUGAAAAGAAACUCCCUGAUAAGAAGGUUCCACUUCUGAGGAAAUCUAACAGUGUCAGAACAACCAAAGAUACAGGGAAAGCAAAAGGGAAAACGAAUGGACCAUCUUUCUUAAGUCCGUGUGGUAUUAGUGCAAGGAUAAUCGCAGAGAGGCAGCGAUCACAAUCCACACCACAGAAGCCGUUUAGAAGUAAAUACAAACAAGAAGGCCGUUCAACUCACUCGAGUUUUUAGUUCAUCACAAGUCAGAACCACUGUUACUUGAUUCGCUAGUAUGAGACUGGGUACGGGUACGCAAUUCGCUACCUAAUUUGCUAAAUUAGGCCAAAAUUGUACUAUUUUCAUGUUAUAAUUCGUUUAUUUGGUUCGCGGUUCGUGGGGGUGAUUAGAGAAUUAGGUAACACUGGUCAGAACCAACAAUUACUAUUUACUAAUUUCAGCUCUUCAUACAUCUUGUACUAUUAUGUGGUAAUCACUGCACAAAUUACUUCUGAA